AUGGAACCAGAUGAGUCUUUCGUGGCCACUCCGAUCAAUCCCAAUAAUUUCCCUGCAAAGCUGUGGCGUCUUGUGAACAGCCCGCUCUACCAGUCCAUCUGCUGGGACUCCUCUGGGGAUGGAGUUAUCAUUGACCAGCAGUUAUUUGAGUCUGAGCUGCUUUGCCCUUCGAGGGGAAUGGCUGAGGCCACAGACUUGUUUAAGACCACUAACUUCACCAGUUUUAUCCGCCAACUCAAUCUCUAUGGUUUCAGGAAGUUAUGUCUAGGAUCUGGCAGUAGCACUGGUCUCCAUCAUCCUGGGGGGGAUCUGGGAACUGGAGAUGGCAACGUUCACCAUUUCUACAAUGACCAUUUUCAAAAAGGGCGACCUGAUCUGCUUGUCAAUUUGAAGAGACUGACGAGCACUAACAAAGCCAAGCUGGCGGCGGGCCUGGAAGUAACUUCUCGCCCACCGAACCGCUACCAAAGAAUGCUUGCCAGUUCUCUAACAGAGGACAGUAGAGAAGAUAGCCAAGAUAAAGAUCAUAUUGUGCUCAGUAAGCCCGAUAACGAGGAUUACACUGUCAAGAUAAAUUGUGGAUACAGAACCCAAAUAAGUUCAUACAGUGCUCAGGGACACGGCAUAUGUAGUCAGAAAAUGGGAUGUUUUUAUCCUGACCUACAGCACUUUCCAACAGACAUCACUUACACAAUGCAAUCUUCUGCCAAGUCGGUACAUGUGCAACAAGGUCUCCCCUCCAUGCCAGGAUCAGUGCAGAGAUAUAGUGGCUAUAUGCCACAUCCUGCACAGUACCUCCCAGUCAUAUUAACCCAGCAGAACCGUCCAAUGCAUCCUUCUUUUCCCAUGGAAUUCUUUCACACAGGCUGGCCAUCAAGUGAAUCAAGUGAGUUCAGAAAAGACGAGAUGAAUCUAGAGAAUGUUUUCCAGUUUGCGGAUGAGCUACAAUCUUCUUCUCAGUUGGAAAUUGUGAAGCUGGAUACAGUAGAAAGUCUUGUGGGGCCAGCAGCAUCACCUUUACAAAAUGAGAAUGUCGCAAUGGCAGUGCGCCCAGGAAACGAUGAGGCUUAUUGUAGUCAGACGGACCACUUGGAACCUUUACUACAUGCUGAUAUCACAACAGAGGCUUUAUUAGUGGACCAGCCUCACAAUUGUACAAGUCCAUUGACUUCAGCCUAUGUCUGUCCUCUCAGUACUGAUCACACAGAAGUUGACAUGAAUACAUCUUCAGAUGCAGACAAAACCUUGUGCGUUGAUGAAGUGGAUUUACUCGCUUCUGAUGUCCUUUUUUCUCCAAGUCAAAUAGCAACUUGUGAUCACAUGCAUAGUACAAACGGGAAAGCAAAAUUUGAAAAAUGA